AUGAAUAACCUUCCGGUCCGCGCUAUUCAAAUCUCCCCCCUGUCCCUCCUCCGCCAGUCUCCCCGCACACAGAUCGCUCGGCACUAUGCCACCCAGAGCGACUUGGGCCGUGGGCCUCGACCUACGGGUACAUCAAGAAAGAAGAGCAUUACAGUAUUGUCAGAUGACGGACGUGUGGAGUGGGGUGAUUUGAGUAGAGGAGAGAAGGUUGCGCGCACAACGCAACAGUCCUUCAACUUCGUCAUUGUGUUGGCUGGUGCAGUUCUGACGGCUGGCGUGUUCACAGUUCUCUAUCAAGAGCUAUUCUCGCCAAACAGCAAGACGUGGCAGUUCGAGAAGGCAGUUGAGCGCAUCAAGGAUGACCCCGAGUGUAUAAAACUACUUGGUGAUCGCGGAGAGAUCAAGGCAUAUGGCGAGAACACUUGGAGUCGGUGGGCACGGAGCAGACCUAUUGCGACAACCAUCGAAAAGGAUCGAUUAGGCCGUGAGCAUUUGCGAAUGAAUUUCCACGUCGAGGGUCCUCUCAACUCCGGUGUGGUUAUUGUGCACAUGAUGAAGCCUUUGGACAAGAGCAACCUCGAGUACCAGCUUCUCGCGCUCGAUGUUAAGGGUCACUCUCGUGUUGUCCUUGAAAAGGCCUCGGAGAAAGCCAGCGUUGCUAGCACCUUGAAGCUCUUUGGUAUGCAGUGGCGCUAA